AUGCCUCCAACACCCAUCCUCCUUCUCAAAACAAAAUCCUCCCCACACGAUGGCUACGAAGACUUCUUCUCCGCACACAACUACAGUCCGACCUUCAUCCCAGUCCUAGAACACCGCUUCCUUAAAAACAGCCUCACCCAAGUGCGCGACCUAUUCAGCACCGGUGCAUUCAACAAUGCAUCAACGCCCAGAAAAUACGGCGGUCUAGUCUUCACCAGCCAACGCGCAGUCGAAGGCUUCGCGCAGAUGAUCGAAGACGAAAAAGACGUCAAAUUCAACAUCCCAACAUCCCAACCCCUAAUCCUCUACACCGUGGGCCCAGCCACAGCCCGCACGCUCACAACCCUCCGCGACAAACACCUCCCAGACGCAAGUAUCCACGGCGCAGACACAGGAACCGGAGAGAACCUCGCACAUUUCAUCCUCUCGCAUUACGAUUCCCUCUACCCGACACACAAGCCAUCUCUCCUUUUCCUUGUUGGCGAAGUGCGUAGGGAUAUCAUCCCGAAAACACUAAUGGAUAAAGCAUUACCUGUUGAGAAGCGGGUUUGCGUCGAGGAGCUUGUUGUGUACGAGACUGGUGUGAUGGAGUCCUUUGAGGGGGAUUUCGCGGAUGUCGUAGGUAGGUGUGCUGGGCCUGUUUGGGUGGUUGUUUUCUCGCCGACCGGGUGUGAGGCUAUGUUAAGGGUUCUUGGGCUGGGGCCUUUUGCUGGUUCUGGGACUGGGACUGGGACGCGGCAGGUCUUUGUUGCUACUAUUGGGCCUACGACGCGGGAUCAUCUGCGUGAGAAGUUCGGGUUUGAGGCGCAUGUUUGUGCACCUAAGCCUAGUCCUGAGGGUGUGCUUGAAGGGAUUGAGAAGUUUGUGGGUAGGAUUUGA